AAAUCUAUAUAAACCACUUUCAAACUUUCACCAAAAUCUCAAAAUACUCAACAUAUAUAACCAACAAAUACAACAAAGAUGACUAAUAACACGAGUUCGUGUUCGUCAAACUUCAGCUCGUUAAGUGCAGCAGCUGCUUCAAAUGUGGAAGGAAUGCUACUGUUAGCUUCGAGUCGACCAAAGAAACGUGCAGGGAGAAAGAAGUACAGGGAAACUCGCCACCCAAUUUAUAGGGGAGUGAGGAGGAGGAAUAAUAACAAGUGGGUUUGCGAGCUACGUGAGCCUAGUGAACAGAAAAGAAUAUGGCUAGGGACUUACCCUACUCCAGAAAUGGCGGCUCGAGCUCAUGAUGUAGCUGCAUUAGCACUUCGUGGUAACCUAGCCACUCUGAAUUUCGUGGACUCUAGUUGGAGGUUUCCAGUGCCAGUAUCGAAGGAUCCCAAGGACAUACGCCUUGCGGCAGUCAUAGCCGCACAGGGUUGUUCUCAGGAUCCUGAAUUAGUUGGAGUCAACUAUAUGAAUCAUCAAGAAGUUAAUCCCAUUAGUCAAGAAGUAAAGUACCUAGAACAUAACGAGACGCUGGAGAUGCAAGAUUGGAGAGAGAAGAUGUCAGAGGGGCUUUUGUUCUCACCAACUCCGCGCUUAGGUAGUUUUUUUAGUUGGGAUGACGUGGAAAGUGACGUGGAAGUUUCUCUAUGGAGUUAUAAUAUACGAUAAGGGAAUAAUAAAAAAUUGAAUUUUGUUUCACUAGACAGUUAUUAGUUACAUAGCUAGGAGUAGCAUUAAAAAAAAAAAAGAAAAAAAAACGCAAUAUGUAACUAUAAUUGUAUUAUAUUAUAGUUAUAUAGAAGGAUCAAGUGAAAUAAUACCUGUACCACUUAUUUGUUACAACAAAAAGGAGUUUUUAAAUCCACUUAUUUGUUAUAACUA